CUAAUACCACCAUUUCGAUUUACUUUGGUUGAAGAGAAUCUAUAUCGUGGUGGGUAUCCGAAACCGAGAAAUGAAAGAUUCUUAAAAAGAUUGAGACUGAAGACAAUCUUAUCACUGAUACCUGAUAAACUCACUCCAGAAAUACAAGAAUUUUGCGAAGAAAACAACAUAAACAUAUUUCACUUGACCGUGGAUAAGAUGAAAGAAGAUAAUAUACCCCUAACCUAUAAUAAAACUUUACUGGCUUUGCAGAUUAUGAUAGACCCUAAUAAUCUUCCGUUGUAUGUACAUUGUUUGGAUGGAGCGGAUGUGACCGGGCUUGUUGUAGCCUGCCUUCGAAAGCUUCAAAUGUGGGGUGUUUCAAGCGCUAUGGAAGAAUUCAGCCGA